GUUGCAUUCAUACCGCCAACCAUUGAUUCAUUCUGUGACUCAGUUCACUGUACUUACACUACAUUAGACAGCACUGACGAACAGUACAGUCAGUUGCGAAUAUACCGUCAGUAGUAGUGGUGGUGAGCACUGACUGUAAUAGCGCUGGUGUGUAGGGAUUGUGCAGUGUAUAAGACUAUAGCACUCGAGCCAUAGCCAUAGUAUAGCAGUGUGUGUGCAGUGCAUAGAGUUUGCAUAUCGUUAAGCAUUGGAUACACAUUAGACUCGACUGUAUAGUGUUGUCGCCAUUUCACACACUAUUCACACAUUAAAUACCAUUCAGUUGUAUAAUACUCUGUAGUGCUGAGCCGUUGCACCCAUCACUCAAUCACCACUUCAAACGGAUCCAAUUCAUCCAUAUUAAGAGAACAGCCAUGACUUCGACCACAGAGACGGCCACCGCUGGCGCGGACCAGUCGGCCAACAACCAGACCGGCACUCAAGAGCCGGUGUCUCCCGUCUCGGAG